CUCAAUUCGAUAUAAACCGCGCUUUUUCAAGUGGUAUUUCCCUUUUUUCUUUGAUUCAACCCGCCCCUUCCAUAUUUAUCAUCAUGGUCUCUGCUCAGUCUACUGGUACCGUUUCCGCUCAACACGCCGAAGAUAUUGCUUUUGCUCGUGCUAUGCACGGCAAGGAAGUCAAGACUGGUUUCUUGGCAAAUUUGUCAUCCAAGAACCGCGAUGUCAGUAACGUCGCUAGCGAGACCUACCUCAACAUGUGGAAGAAGCCUGAGGCCGAAAACAAGGAAGAUGAGGCCAACCGUCUGGACAGCUACACUGCUCUUGUCAACUCAUACUAUAACUUGGCCACUGACUUUUAUGAAUAUGGUUGGGGUGGCAGUUUUCAUUUCUGCCGUUACUACCCUGGUGAAGAAUUCUUCCGCGCUAUUGCUCGCCACGAACACUACCUUGCUGCCAACACUGGUAUCAAGCGUGGCAUGAAGGUUUUGGAUUUGGGCUGUGGUGUUGGUGGUCCUGCUCGUGAGAUUGCCGAGUUCACCGGUGCCCACGUUACUGGUUUGAACAACAACGCUUACCAAGUUCAACGCGCUACUUUCUACGCUGCCAAGCAGGGUCUGUCUGACCAGACCGAAUUUAUCAAGGGUAACUUUAUGGAGAUCCCCUUUGAGGACAACAGUCUCGAUGCUGCUUAUGCCAUCGAAGCUACUGUUCACGCCCCCACCUUUGAAGGUGUUUAUGGUGAAAUCUUCCGCGUGCUGAAGCCCGGUGCCAAGUUUGGCUGCUACGAAUGGUGCAUGACUGAUGACUACAACGAGAGCGACCCUGAGCACCACCGUAUCGCUCACGGUAUUGAGCGUGGUAACGGUAUUCCUAAGAUGAGACCCAUCGCCGAAUGUCUCCAGGCUCUUAAGAACGUCGGUUUCGAGAUUGAAUUACACGAGGAUCUUGCCAAUAUGGGUGACCAGAUUAGAUGGUUCUAUCCUUUGGAAGGUGAUCUCCGCAAGUGUCAGACCGUUCGUGAUGUCUUGACCACCAUUGCCAUGACCAAGGCUGGUCGUUUCACCACCACCAACUUCUGCCGUGUUUUGGAAAAGGUUGGUCUUGCUCCCAAGGGUACUGUUGAAACUCAAAAGUUCCUGGAAAUGGCUGCCGAUGCUCUUGUUGAAGGCGCACAAAAGAACUUGUUCACCCCCAUGUUCUUCUUUGUUGCCAAGAAGCCCGAAACUGCUCAGUAAAAAAAUGACCUCUCACCUUACGCCUUACUUAACUCUUCGUUUUCCGCCAUUGAAAUCAAUUCGCUCGCCACUUUUUACUUUACUGCACCCACAUGUCGUAGUUGAUAUUCUUGUCUUUCUUUUACAUCAAUCUGUUUUCCUUUCUAUUUACUAUUAUUACUUACUAAUGUUUUCAUCGAAAAGUAAAAUCAACAUUUAAAAACAAGCAUAUAUACUUGGUCUUUUUGAGAAAGAAAGGAUCUAUA